CCCGGCCUUGUGCGCCUGCGCAGUUCUCUUUGAGUUCCGGUUGCUGAUGUAAGAGGUGGAAACCGGGUGUUGCGGAGACACAAGAGGCCGGAGAGGGUGACUGGAGCCUAGAGGGGCACAAGGCAGGGAGCUGUAGGCGCAGCACAGCCGUGUUACACCGACACCAUGUCCGGAGACGAGAUGAUUUUCGACCCAACUAUGACCAGAAAGAAAAAGAAGAAGAAGAAGCCUUUCAUGCUGGAUGAAGAUGGGGCUGAGCCACAGGCAGAAGAGACGCAGGUACCGGAGACUAAAGAAGUGGAACCAGAACCACCAGAAGAUAAGGAUUUUGAUGUCGAUGAUGAGGCCUUUAAAAAGAAAGUCGAUGCCCCUGAUGACCUGGAUGAUUUGAAUUUCUUGAACCAGAAGAAGAAAAAGAAGAAAACAAAAAAGUUUGACUUGGAUGAAGCAGAGGAAGGGGUUAAGAAUCUUAAAAUUGAGGGGGAGAUUCAGGAGGCAUCUGAAUCCCAGGAGGAUGAUUUGGAUUUCAUGCUGAGCAAGAAAAAGAAAAAGAAAAAUGUGAAAUUCCCAGAGGAGGACGAUACCCUGGAUAGAGAUGAAGCCUUCGAAGAAGAAGACAAUAAGAAAGAUGAUGGAAUCUCGUUCAGCUCCCAGCUGGGUCCGGCCUGGGCCGGCACAGAAAGGGACUAUACAUACGACGAGCUGUUAAACAGAGUGUUUAAUAUCAUGCGAGAGAAGAAUCCCGACAUGGUGGCUGGGGAGAAGAGGAAGUUUGUCAUGAAGCCUCCUCAGGUCGUCAGAGUAGGGACAAAGAAAACAUCAUUUGUCAACUUUACCGAUAUCUGCAAACUGUUACAUCGUCAGCCAAAACACUUGCUGGCCUUCUUGUUAGCUGAAUUGGGUACAAGUGGCUCUAUAGAUGGUAACAACCAGUUAGUCAUCAAAGGCAGAUUCCAGCAGAAGCAAAUAGAAAACGUUCUAAGAAGAUAUAUCAAGGAAUAUGUGACUUGUCACACCUGCCGAUCGCCAGACACCAUCUUGCAGAAGGACACCCGAUUAUAUUUCCUGCAGUGCGAAACCUGCCACUCGCGGUGUUCCGUGGCCAGCAUCAAAACCGGAUUCCAGGCCGUCACGGGCAAGAGAGCACAGCUCCGUGCCAAAGCCAACUAACUGGCUUCCAAACCAUUUGGGAUUUUGCCAGCCUGGUGCGAGGAUAUAUUGCAGGGACUUGCUGACAGGGGGCGCAGUACCCUGGCAUUAUAAGGAAUGCUGUGAGAAGAGGCCUAAAACACAUUGGCUAAUUUUUUUUUGUUUUUUUUAAAUCUUUGCCCGCGCAAAGAGAUUCUAAAGCAGACAAUGGAGCCGAUUAUUCCAUAUACUCGCAUUGCUCUCGGAAAACAAUUUUUCCAGCUGCCUGAGGGGAAGUGGGAAGGUAGUGUAUGCAUUUUUAACCAAACCUCUGUAAAAUGCAAAAAUACAUUAAAGUUAUUACAUAAUUCACAGAACAAUCACUUAGUUGGAUGUAUUUUUACUCGCCGACGCUUUUAUUUUACAGAAGUAUUUAUUUACAGGACUGAAUGUCACACGUUUUACUCUCUCUUCAAGGAUAAACACAAUAUAUAUUUACACACAUGUAUAGACUUGAGUCGGUGGAACCGCGCCCCUCUGCCCGUAAGCCUCCUUGCCGUCACGCUGCUCAAAUCACAAUACGGACCUGGACGGGAGCUCUACAUUUAUUUUUAAAUAAAGUAUUUAGAAAAGUUAUAAAA